UGUUUUUCACAUGUAUGGAUUAUUUUAGAAUGCAGUGACCUAUGAUGAUGUGCAUAUCAACUUCACUCAGAAAGAGUGGGCUUUGCUGGAUUUUUCUCAGAAAAGUCUCUACAAAGAUGUGAUGCUGGAGACCUACAGGAACCUCAUUGCUGUAGGUUACAGUUGGGAAGACCAUAACAUUGAAGAACAUUGUCAAAGUUCUAGAAGACCUAGAAGGCAUCUUCAAAGUCAUGAAACAAUUCAUACUGGAGAGAAACCUUAUGAAACUAUUCAAUAUGGUGAAGUCUUUCCAUGUCACAUUUGUCUCCGACUCCAUAAAACAACACAUACUGGAGUGAACCCGUAUGAAUGUAAUCAUUGUGGUAAAGCCUUUGCAAAUGUCAAUAGUCUCCGAAAACAUAAAAGAACACAUACUGUAGAGAAACACUAUGAAUGUAAUGAAUGUGGGAAAGCUUUUUCAACUCCUGGUCAGCUUGAAGUACAUAAAAGAACACAUUCCGGAGAGAAACCCUAUGUAUGUAAUCAAUGUGGUAAAGCCUUUUCACAAGUCAGUAAUCUCUACACACAUAAAAGAAUACAUACUGGAGAGAAACCCUAUGAAUGUAAUCAGUGUGGUAAAGCUUUUUCACAAGUCAAUAAACUCCAAAAACAUUAUAGAACGCAUACUGGAGAGAAACCCUAUGUAUGUAAUCAAUGUGGUAAAGCCUUUUCACAAGUCAGUCAUCUCUACACCCAUAAAAGAACACAUACUGGAGAGAAACCCUAUGUAUGUAAUCAAUGUAGUAAAGCUUUCUCAACUCACAUUCAGCUUAAAGAACAUAGAAGAACACAUACUGGAGAGAGACCCUAUGAAUGCAAUCAAUGUGGUAAAGCCUUUUCAAAACCAUGUGGUCUCGUAAGUCAUAAAAGAACACAUACUGGAGAGAAACCCUAUGAAUGUAAUCAAUGUGGUAAGGCCUUUGCAAACCCCAGCGGUUUCAAGAGACAUAAAAGAACACAUACUGGAGAGAAACCCUAUGAAUGUGAUCAAUGUGGGAAAACCUUUACAAAUGUCAGUAGUCUCAACACACAUAAAACAACACAUACUGGAGUGAAACCGUUUGAAUGUAAUCAAUGUGGUAAAGCCUUUGCAAAUGUCAAUAGUCUCCGAAAACAUAAAAGAACGAAUACUAGAGAGAAACACCAUGAAUGUAAUGAAUGUGGGAAAGCUUUUUCAACUCCUGGUCAGCUUCAAGUACAUAAAAGAACACAUACCGGAGAGAAACCCUAUGUAUGUAAUCAAUGUGGUAAAGCCUUUUCACAGGUCAGUAAUCUCUACACACAUAAAAGACUACAUACUGGAGAGAAACCCUAUGAAUGUAAUCAAUGUGGUAAAGCUUUUUCAGAAGUCAGUAAACUCCAAAAACAUAAUAGAACACAUACUGGAGAGAAACCCUAUGUAUGUAAUCAAUGUGGUAAAGCCUUUUCACAAGUCAGUAGUCUCUACAUCCAUAAAAGAACACAUACUGGAGAGAAACCCUAUGUAUGUAAUCAAUGUGGUAAAGCCUUUUCACAAGCCCGUAGUCUACAAACUCAUAAAAGCACACAUAAUGUAUAGAAACCCUAUGAAUGUAAUCAAUGUGUUAUAGUCUUUGUAUGUGUUAUCAGUAUUUAAAAUCAUCAAAAAAGUUAUACUUGAGAGAAAUCGUAUAAAUGUAAGCAGUGUGGUAAAUGUGUGCACUUUGUGUAUCACAGUACCCUUUGAGGAGCUGAAAAAAAUUCAUACUGAAUCUUACUAUAAAGGAUUUGUUACAAUUUCUGCCAACACACAUUUAGUUACACAAGGUUCUGGAGAAAAAAAUCUGUCAAGUGUCAAUAAUCUGUUCACUAUCUGAUGUCACUAUUUUCAUGUACCUGCAAACUCAUAUGGACAAAAAUCCUAGGAAUUCAUUGAUAAGGUAACCCUUUUUGAUUUCACAGUUUUCUUUAAUUACAUAAAAACCCUUAUUAACAUUGAUUCCUAUGUGCUUGCUUUCUGUUACAUGAACCUACUUAUGAUGAAGGAAAUCAGUUAACAUUUUACAUGAUUCAACACCUGGGUUACAGGAAUGAAUGCUUACAACAGAAAAUAUUCAUGUGUGGAAAUCUGCUUGGUUACAGAUUUCAUUCAAUUUUAGUUAUGUUUUGUCAGUGUGUGUGUUUGUGAAUGUUCAUCCUUGUUCUCAAGAUGAUUAGACCCUUGUGUUUUCCUGUAACAGGAACUAAAGAAAGUUCUCAAAAACCUGACCUGGGUCCUGGCAAUGAACUUGUCAUAACUUUUCUCAUCCAUAUCUGUAACUUUGUAUGUAUUUUAAAUCUUUUUUUUUUUUUUUUGGUAUCACUUUGUUAUCAGGGAAUGGGGAAGAACUCCUGGAAGACAAAGCCCUAUUAAUGUAAACAAUUUUGUGAAAACUUUUCUUUAGUUUCAAUAAAAAGAUUGAUUCAUAUCUUUUUUUUCAUAAAAGAUGUUAAUUAUUUACAAUGGUCAUUGAAGACUGAUGUUGGAGAUUACUGCAUUGUGGUUUCUAUUUUGCAACAUUUGAGGUAGAUAUUAAAGUGAGGUAUGUUUGGCAAA